GCGACUCUGGGACACAUUUUGUCAGCAACCGGCAAGCAUGGCUCUGUGGUAAUAGAAUAGCCCGUGUAAUUUGACACUUCAACUUGCCGUGCACUACGUUAGUUGAUUCAGACAGUCACACUAACGAAACGCCGUGCGCUUUUCUCUCACUGUUUGUGAAGUGUUGAGGGGAGAAAACAGAUCGCAACUUCAAACCCAGGAGAUUUUCGGCGCCGUGCUGUGAUUGGACCUGAAAGUGCGGUGGACCCUAGUGUAGACGGGAGCUUGCAGAGGGACCUUCCCCACAGACUAUAUGAAGGGAGGGGAGGGGGAGGUGGAGGGGGGGCUGCUGACGUUACUCCCAGCUUGCAGAACACACAGAUCACUUUCAUCUAUGAUUGAUGAAGAUAUGUGAGUGAAUUUGCCAAAUACUGAACAAAGAAAUCUACUGCAUCCUCCGAGCCAACCACUACUUAUGCAGACAGGGCCUGGCCAGAAGAUGAUGUGCUAAUUAGAGAAGAACUUUAAUGGCUUCCAGGUAGAGAGAAGGAGGCAGCAGUCAAGAUGAACUCGAUUCCGUCGAUGGACAGGCACAUACAGCAGACCAAUGACAGGCUGCUGUGCAUCAAACAGCACUUACAGAAUCCGGCCAAUUUCCAGACAGCGGCCACGGAGCUACUGGACUGGUGUGGAGACCCACGAGCCUUCCAGCGGCCAUUUGAGCAAAGCCUUAUGGGAUGCUUGACGGUUGUAAGUCGUGUGGCAGCGCAGCAGGGUUUUGACUUGGACCUCGGCUAUCGGCUCCUGGCCGUGUGUGCGGCAAACCGAGACAAGUUCACCCCUAAGUCGGCAGAAACCACCACCUGCAGGAGAUGUCAGAGUGACACAGCUCUCCUGUCGUCCUGGUGCGAGGAGCUGGGACGGCUGCUCUUGUUGCGGCAUCAGAAGAAUCGUCAGAGCGAUCCACCGGGCAAAGUACCCUUGCAGCCGCCCAUGAACUCCAUGAAGCCCUCACUCUCACAUGGUGAUGGGUCCUUUCCAUAUGACAGCGUCCCCUGGCAACAAAAUGCUAACCAGGCCCCGGGCUCGCUGUCGGUGGUUACGACGGUGUGGGGAGUUACCAAUACAUCACAAAGUCAGGUCUUGGGUAACCCCAUGGCCAAUACUAACAAUCCCAUGAACUCUGGAGGCAAUGCACUGGGGACGGGUAUAUCAGGCAACAACCCAGGGAUCAACUCACCUCAGUUCCCUGGCCAACAACAACAGUUUUCAGCCAAAGGGGGAUCCAACCAGGCCUACAUGCAGCAAAGCAUGUAUGGGCGUCCAGGGCACCCAGGAGGAGGAGGCUUUGGUGGAAGUUACCCAGGUGGGCCGAAUGCUCCAGGUGGCAUAGGCAUGCCCCCUCAUACACGACCGCCCUCUGAUUUCACCCAACCUGCUGCUGCUGCCGCCGCUGCCGCCGUCGCUGCCGCCGCCGCCACCGCAACAGCUACUGCCACAGCAACCGUGGCAGCCUUGCAAGAGACCAAUAAAGACAUGAACCAGUACAACCAGGUCUGCUCCUCUUUCCAGAUGGGGCCUACGCAAGGCUACAAUAACCAGUUCAUGAACCAGCCAGGGCCCCGUGGGCCCCCGUCCAUGGCUGGAGGCAUGAACCCAGCUGGUAUGGGUGGUGGCAUGAAUAGCUCCAACAUGAGUGGCCCGCCAAUGGGUAUGAACCAGCCCAGAGUCCCAGGGAUGCCCUUCGGUGGCCACGGCCAAAGGAUGGCUCAACAGGGUUACCCUGGACCCAGACCUCAGUCCAUGCCCAUGCAGGGCACCAAGAGGCCCUAUCCAGGAGAGCCUAAUUAUGGAGGCCAGCAGUUUGGACCCAAUGGCCAGUUUCCCAACCAGCAAGGGCAGUACCCUAACCCAAAUGCUUCUAGAGCUCUUCCUUCACCCAAUUACCCUGGGCAAAGGAUGCCAGGACAGCAGGGCUCUGGCCAGUACCCCCCUACUGGGGUAGCCAUGGGCCAAUACUAUAAGCAAGAGCCAUUUAAUGGUCAGAACAACAAUUUCUCUGGAGGUGGUUAUGGGUAUAAUCAAGGAAAUGGGCCUCCUCGGCAGGUGGUGAACUACCCACACUCGCCGGUUCCUGGGAACCCCACGCCACCCAUGACCCCAGGAAGUAGUAUGCCGUACAUGUCGCCCAAUCAAGAUGUCAAGCCCCCGUUUCCUCCAGAUAUGAAGCCAAACAUGACGUCUCUGCCUCCACCUCUAACCAACCCCAACGAGGAGCUGCGUUUGACGUUCCCAGUGAGAGAUGGAGUGGUGCUGGAGCCCUUCAGAUUAGAGCACAACCUGGCCGUCAGUAACCACGUCUUCCAUCUGCGCCCCUCCGUCCACCAGACGCUCAUGUGGAGAUCUGAUCUGGAGCUGCAGUUUAAGUGCUAUCAUCAUGAGGACCGACAAAUGAACACCAAUUGGCCCGCAUCCGUCCAAGUCAGCGUCAACGCCACCCCCCUCACUAUUGAGAGGGGUGACAAUAAAACAUCCCACAAACCCCUGCACCUAAAGCAUGUGUGUCAGCCAGGGAGAAACACCAUCCAGAUUACGGUCACAGCCUGCUGUUGUUCGCACUUGUUCGUGCUGCAGCUGGUCCAUAGGCCGUCGGUGCGAUCAGUUCUGCAAGGGCUCCUCAAGAAGAGGCUCCUUCCUGCCGAACACUGCAUUACCAAAAUUAAAAGAAACUUCAGUAGCGUAGCAGCGUCCUCUGGGAAUGCCACACUAAAUGGAGAGGAUGGAGUAGAGCAGACAGCCAUCAAAGUGUCCCUCAAGUGUCCAAUCACAUUCCGACGGAUCCAGCUCCCUGCUAGGGGACAUGACUGCAAACACGUGCAGUGCUUUGACUUAGAGUCCUAUCUGCAGCUGAACUGUGAGAGAGGAACGUGGAGAUGUCCUGUAUGCAAUAAAACAGCAUUAUUGGAAGGGCUGGAGGUGGAUCAGUACAUGUGGGGAAUUCUCAAUGCGAUUCAAAAUUCGGAGUUUGAAGAGGUCACCAUCGACCCUACGUGUAGUUGGAGGCCGGUGGCCAUAAAGUCAGACAUUCAUAUAAAGGAGGACCCAGAUGGCCCUCUGGCCAAGCGUUUUAAAACCAUGAGUCCCAGUCAAAUGAUCAUGCCUAAUGUGAUGGAUAUGAUCGCCCAGCUGGGUCCCGGCCCUUCACCCUACACCCCCCUCCCCCCUCAGCACGGAGGAAACAAUGGCGAAUAUGGGGGCCACAGUAGAGGCAAUAGUUACCAGGGCCAUGGAAACUUUGACUUCUCUCACAGUAACUCUGGUGGCGGAGCUCCCAUGAAUGACUUCAUGCACGGACCCCAGCUCUCACAUCCUCCAGACGUGCCCAACAGCCUCAUGGCCCCCGACAAGCCUCUCGCCCACAGCAUGCCCGACUCGAUGCCCCGUCCCGUGAGCGCUGAUCAAUCCCAUGCUUCCAUGCAGCCAGGCAUGCACGCAAUUCCUCACCCCAACAGCCAGUUAGCUCAGCCAUUGCAUCACACCGGCCCCCCAUCCUCCCAGCCCCCACGCCAGCCCCUGCCCCCCCAGCAGCCAGGCCAAAACAGUCAUCCACAUGCCGACAUGACCUUCAAUCCCGCCGCCGAUGGGCAGGCAGGUGGCCAGGGACCUGCAGACAUGCCCGAGCCUUCUCUGGAUCUUCUGCCAGAACUGGCGAACCCAGACGAGUUGCUGUCAUACUUAGACCCUCCUGACCUCCCAAGCAGCAGCAAUGACGAGCUGCUUUCCCUUUUUGAGAACAACUGACUUUAUUCAGUCUGCCUUUUGCGGAGGUCCUAAUUUGUUUGGCUGUCAGGAAUCGAGAGGCACCUGAAGACUGACUCUGUACUUUGCAAACAGGAAACAGCCAUCCUUUUGCCUCUUCCUCGUGUAAAUAUCUCACUCUUUUACAAGCAACCUUUUCCACACAUAUAUGGCAGCCAUGUUGGUUGGCAUUAAAGUGAUAUCUUUCAAUACUAAUGGAAAUACAUGUGCAGCUAUAAUCAGUUCAUAUGAAUACGUCACACAGAACUGUGUGUGUGCUCACUAGGAAAGUAUUGUAGCAUUUUUAAUUCAGAUUUUUUUUUUCCUUUUGUGAAAAGAAGACCUGAAUAGAAUAUAUAUAUA